AUGCCGAAAACGCUCGCAGCACUCCCCAGCAGCCAGUAUGCAACGCUCUUGGAAGUUGUCUUGGGGAAGCUGCUCGACUGGCUUCCACUCUUGGUCGCAGCUUCCUCCAGUAUCGCCCUCCCCGCAUUCGAUCCCUCAAUGGUCGCGGUAUUGCGGAGAGGCUGGGUCGAUUUCCACCUGACCGAUUGCAGGGCAGAGGGUCUCGAUGAAGAUCGUGAAGCGGAGACUGCGGAUCGAAUCGGCGAAUUGAGGCAUGGCGUAGAUACGAAGAGUCGUCGUGAGAGGCGUGGAGCAGCAGUCCGCAGCUGCGGAAAUGCCUUGUAUAUUGAAGCCAUGACAGCGGCACGUAGAGAGGAAGAAGGAGUACUUUCACCGUCUCUGCUUCGUCAUAGCAUGGACCCCGCCCAUCAGCCACCCACAGGUCACGGGAGCGCCAGCCUCGACCAUGACGCCCAGCCGGAACUUGGUGGAUUAAAUCGCAACGAAACAUGGCCGCUGGUUGAGGCAGAGAGUACAGAGGGCGGCGCAGGCUCAAGUAGCACCCCAUACGUCAGCCUUUUCUCACCCAAUGUACCCGCCAUACCACCCUCUGCACCAUCCGACCUCCCUAGCAGCCCCAGGAACCACGUGAGCCACUCUAGGUCUCUUAGCUACUCGCGCUCUAUGCCAUCACUGGCAGGCUACUCCAGCAUGACAUCGCGCGCUCCUAGGAACCACGUCUCGCCUGACCGAUCACCCAUAGUCCAGCUACAGACACAGAUUGAUCAAGCCCAAAAGAGCGCCGACGACCCAAACACACCUCUCGAAGAGCAGGGCAAAAGGCGCACUACCCUGGAUCUUAUGCGUGCCGAGCAUUCUGUUCGCACCGACAUCAGCAGGUUGUUCAGCGAGAGUGCGGCUAUGCCAGGAACCAGAGCGCCUUCCUACAGCAACGCGACCGGUCCGCUGUAUCUCCGUGGCGAAGCCAUACCGCUUCCAGAUCACCUUUACACCCGCGGACUAGUCGAAGGACGACACUCAGAUAUCACGAUCAUCGCCUUCGGUAACCGAUACCCCCUGCAUCGUCUCAUUCUCGACCGCGCACCAUUUUUCACCACCGCUCUCUCAGAACCAUGGCUCGAAAGUCAGUCCAAGGAAGUCAAGCUACGUCCAGAGGAGAUCGAUCCUAGCAUAACGCAGGCAUCGUUUGAGCUGGCCAUAAGAAAGCUCUAUGGAGUGGAUAUAUCGAAAGAGUCAGAUGCCGAGGCUAUCGGUUUGUUCGCAACUGGCUGUUGGCUGGAGAUGCAGGACCUCAUUGAUUCUGCAAUCGAAUCCAUACUGCGGCAGAUGGCACCAGAGACGCUUGCAUACCUCAUUCGUUUAGUCACCUCCAACUACUACGGUCGAUCUGGAGACCGCAUACUUGAAUCAGCCAAAGCGAUGUUAAGCAGGAAUGGCUGGGAAAUGCCACUCAAAUACUGGGACGACAUGCCAGGCGACAUCAUCCGCGAGCUCGUAGGAUCGGACGGCUUCUUUGUCGACAGCGAGUGGGACCGAUGGGUGCUCUCCAAGCGUCUUCUUGACCGCCGCCUACGACAAGCCGCCAUCGAGGCUGGUCUCAUACAGCGAGGACAGAAGCCCAUUCCACAGGCGCCCAAUUCCCUCCGUCUCAUGGCCGUUCGCUUUGACGGUGUGUAUCGACAGAACGCCUUGACGACAGCGCACUCGUCCUCCGAUGCGCAGGCAGACUGGCUUGCUCUUUAUACUCUGCCCGACAUUGAGCGCCUACUCGUGUUGCUAGACGAAGGCAUCCACUACAUUCACAUGGAAUACGAGCAGCUCGAGUUCAUCAGGAACGCCCGUGAUGUCUUUGGCCUACCAGUGAUGCCUGAAAGGGUCAUCUCUAAUGCACUAUGGCAGCAGCUGGCUCUCCGCCAGAGAGUGCUCAACACUGAUGAAUCAGCCCAGGAACUGGGUCUAUGCCAAUCAACGCCUGACCCCGAAGUAGCGAAUGUGGCAACCAAGUCCGGAAGCGAGCCGACUAGCAAAGGAAAACAGAAAGAAACUACGGUUCCUGUUGACGAAGGCGACAUCGAGUCAGAUAGCUGGGACGGUAAUGGCAAACCACGGAAAUUCUGGAUUCCAAGCUCAGACUGCAACAUCGUCCUUGGCAACGGGGCUGAUCCUGUUGUUACGACCUCAAACUCUUUCCAACGCCAUGCUUCGCGUCUCUCGGCCACGAUCCAACCAGAGGACGCACAAUGGGCUACUGACUUUGCAUCUACUCCGUCGACUUUGACCAACCCAAACACUCGCAUGGACUUCGCGCAACGUCCGAUAUCAGCUGGCGGUGGUAACGCUGGACAGCCGAAGCCAAUCGCCUACACCGAAUUCCCUCCAUUCCGCUUUUCGGCCGAGUUCCCCAACCCGCGCUUCCUUAAAGAGAAAAAACGGGUGUAUUCGAGAACAGUAUCAUAUGCAGGCUCGUUGUGGAACAUCUACAUACAGAAAGUCCGCUCCGCAAAGAACAUCCAGUUGGGCGUAUACCUUCACCGUGCCAAAGAGCGAGAGGUAGACGAGACUGGACACAUCAGUGGUCUUAGCCAGCAGAACAAUGGAUCCGUCGACGAGCGCAUUGGUCAGCUAGAGCGCGAAAUGCUCAUGCGUAGCGAUCGACGUGAUCGCCGGCGUAGCACUCGAGUCCCGUUUAUGGAUCCUGGCGCAGAGGAAGACACCUCCGGUAGUGGCGGAGACGCUGACCCUUCUCUCGGCUCUCUAGGACUGCGCAAUCCACUCUUCUCCAGCAACGGUCUCGGUCGCCAUCGCAGUCGGCUACCGACCCGCGGCAUCCCCCAAUGGGGCUUCCACAAUCUGGCCUCCUCCCCACCUCAAGACGGCGAUGCCGUAGACUCUCCCUCUUUCCCCAACCUUUCAUACACGCCCUCCGACCACGAAUCUGAUACCCCAUCCACUGACGACGAGUCUGACGCAGCCGCAUACAUCAACCCUUCCCUUGCCUCCAAAGUCCAGCGCAAAACCCGCGCCAUCGUCCCCGCACUCCCACCCUAUGUCGACGGCCGACCAACCAUAAAAACCUAUUUCAAAAUCUACAGUCCCUCCAAGGGCGGAAGGAUGCUAAGCAUCUACGAAAGCGCGCCUGACCGCUUCAACUUCAGUCAGAGCUGGGGAUGGAAGAGCAGCACUUUGAUGCUGGAUGAGAUUACGAUUAGUGGUGGAGGUGAUGAUACCCUGGCUGGAACUAACCCGGCUGCGAGCAAGAAGACGGACGGCAAAUUGAGGUUCAUGGUUGUUAUUGGGAAUUUGUAA